AUGCUUUACACCAUUCAAAAGCACAUAGUUUCAGUCUUAAGUGGAGUUCUUGAAGAGAAAUAUUACUACAGUUACUCGGAACACCAGCAGAAAUGCAGAUGGGAUGGCGACCCGUCCAAAUUAGUACCAGUGGUUGGAUACAAACGGGUUAAGCCUGAUGAGAAUGUUAUGAAAGAGAAUUUAUUCAAGAAUGGACCUUUGAUCGCCGCUAUAAAUUCAAAAUCAAUGGGCACAUAUACGGAAGGUAUUGAUGAACCAACAGACGAACAGUGUGACCCUGAAGAACUGAACCAUUCUGUAUUGAUAGUUGGAUACGGUGUUACUGUUACUCCCGAGCGAAAUGUCUCAUACUGGAUAAUCAAGAAUUCUUGGGGCGGAGACUUUGGAGAUAAGGGAUUCUACUACUUGGUGCGCGGGCGCAACGCGUGUGGUAUUGCUUCGGAUGUGUCUUAUACUUUUGUUGAUUAA